UAAGCCAUUACGCACAAAAUGUCCUACAAUAAAAUGUGUAAAUAAAAAAUUUAAUAACCGUAUAGUUAUUACUUGUAGUAAUACUUGUUUAAUAUGAAUAGUAUAGUACAGUCUUAUAGUACGAUUAGAUUACUAUAAGAACUAUUUCAUUCAAUCGGCGAAGCAACUGUUUAUGCUUAAUUCAAUAUGAAGUAUUCUUUGGCAUUAUUUGUCUUAUUGGCAGGAAUAAUCGCCCACCGAGGUUAUUCGUCACCACUGGAUAAAUCGUUCCAAUUAAUAGAUACAUCACAUGACAAAACUUCUAUCGCCAAGGUAUUUGUGAAUCUUGAAGAUAACAUAUUUAAAGUACUACAACCGAAAGCAGAAUUAAAAUUUCCGUUCUUGUUAGUAAAAUGGAAGAAAUUAAAAGAAAUACUAAGAUAUAUUUCGAAUAGACUUAGACCAACAACUGUAACAACUACUAAGGCCACUACUACGACCAAAAAACCGGAGAAGAUAUUUUUGAGUUUCAAGGAAAAUAUCUUUGCAGUCUCUCAAACUAAGAGCAAAUUGAAAUUUCCUUUCUUGUGGGGCAAAUGGAAGAAACUAAAAGAAAUAAUCAAAUACAUUUCUAAUAUACUUAUACCGACUCGUCCCAGCCCAUCAACUACAAUUGCAACAACUUCUGUGACUGCAAAAACGACAAAAACUCCAGACAUGCCAAAUAAAACCUACCAAUUCAUAUAUAAAUCACAUGAAAACACUUCUUUUCUAAAGACAUUUUUGGACUUUAAAAAAAAUAUGUUGGAUGUUCUCGAAACAGAAAGCGAAUUAAGAUAUCCGGAAUUAUCAGAGAAGUGGAAGAAAUUAUUGGACAUAAUAAUUAAAACUUGCAAUACCUUUAAAUCAACCCAAUCCCCUGUAUCAACAAUAUCUGUAACAGCAUCUCCAAUCACAAAGGAGAUAAAACCCGAAAAAUCGACAGAUGCCACACCGACACAGAGUCCUAGAACGAGUACACAAACAAAUGAAAAUAAGAGCACAAUACCACCUAAUACAACAAUAGAAUCAACAAUAGAGACUACCACAUUACGUCACGAAACAUCAGAAAGCACAAACCCUACAAAAGUUACCAGAUAUUCAAGUACUUCCACUACUACCAAUCCAGAUGGCGAUGAUUUGAACACGGUACCUGAUGAAAUAACAGAAAACACGCAUUCAACAACAAAAUCGACAGAAGUUACCACAAACUCACCUCAUAGCUCUACUAUGACGCAAACAGUAACACCUGAAGUUGACACGACCACACAAAGUUAUAAAACAUCAGAACCAAUACCAGUAACUUCAAAAGUACCAACAGAAUAUACAGAAGUUACUACGAACUCACCAAGUACUUCCACUGCUACUGAAACAAGUACAACUGAAGCUGAUAUCACCACAUUACCUAGCAAAACAACAGAAAUUGCAACGGGUUCAACAGAAUCUACAGAACUCACCACCAACGCACCUAAUAGCUCUACUAUGAUGCAAACAGCAACACAUGAAAUUGACACGACCACACAAAGUUAUCAAACAACAGAAGCAACACCUGUAACUUCAAAAGUACCAACAGAAUCUACGGAAGUUACUACAAACUCACCAAGUAGUUCUACUGCUACUGAAACAAGUACAACUGAAGCUGACACCACCACACUAUCUAGCAAAACAACAGAAUUUGCAACGGGUUCAACAGAAUCUACAGAAUUUACCACCAACUCACCUACUAACUCUGCUACGACACAAACAGCAACACCUGAAGAUGAAACUACCACACAAGGAUAUAAAACAACAGAACCAACACCAGUUACUUCAAAAGUACCAACAGAAUCUACGGAAGUUACUACAAACUCACCAAGUAGAUCCACUGCUACUGAAAUAAGUACAACUGAAGCUGAUACCGAACUUACCACCAACUCACCUAAUAGCUCUGCUAGGACACAAACAGUAACACCUGAAGGUGAAACUACCACACAAGGAUAUGAAACAACAGAACCCACACGAGUAAGUUCAAAAGUGCCAACAGAAUCUACAGAAGUUACUGCAAACUCACCAAGUAGUUCCACUGCUACUGAAACAAGUACAACUGAAGCUGACAAGACCACAUUACCUAGCAAAACAACAGAAAUUGAAACAAGUUCCACAGAAUCUACAGAACUUACCACCAACUCACCUAAUAGCUCUUCUAGACACAAACAGCAACACCUGAAAAUGAAACUACCACACAAAGUUUUAAAACAACAGAACCAACACCAGUUACUUCAAAAUGAAACAAGUACAACUGAAGUUGACACCACUAUAUUACCUAGCAAAACAACAAAAAUUGCAACGGGUUCAACAGAAUCUACAGAACUUACCACCGAUUCACCUUAUAGCUCUGCUAGGACCCAAAGAGUAACACCUGAAGGUGAAACUACCACACAAACAUAUAAAACAACAGAGCCAACAACAGUUACUUCAAAAGUACCAACAGAAUCUACGGAAGUUACUACAAACUCACCAAAUAGUUCUACUGCUACUGAAACAAGUACAACUGAAGCUGACACCACCACACUAUCUAGCAAAACAACAGAAUUUGCAACGGGUUCAACAAAAUCUACAGAAUUUACCACCAACUCACCUACUAACUCUGCUACGACACAAACAGCAACACCUGAAGAUGAAACUACCACACAAGGAUAUAAAACAACAGAACCAACACCAGUUACUUCAAAAGUACCAACAGAAUCUACGGAACCUACUACAAACUCACCAAGUAGUUCCACUGCUACUGAAACAAGUACAACUGAAGCUGACACCACCACAUUACCUAGCAAAACAACAGAAAUUGCAACGGGUUCAACAGAAUCUACAGAACUUACCACCAACUCACCUACUAACUCUGCUACGACACAAACAGCAACACCUGAAGAUGAAACUACCACACAAAGUUAUAAAACAACAGAGCCAACAACAGUUACUUCAAAAGUACCAACAGAAUCUACGGAACCUACUACAAACUCACCAAGUAGUUCCACUGCUAGUGAAACAAGUACAACUGAAGCUGACACCACUAUAUUACCUAGCAAAACAACAGAAAUUGCAACAGGUUCAACAGAAUCUACAGAACUUACCACCAACAUACCUACUAACUCUGCUACGACACAAACAGCAACACCUGAAGGUGAAACUACCACACAAGGAUAUAAAACAACAGAACCAACAGAAUCUACAGAAGUUACUUCAAAACUCACCAAGACACAAACAGUAACACCUGAAGGUGAAACUACCACACAAGGAUAUAAAACAACAGAACCAACACCAGUUACCUCAAAAGUACCAACAGAAUCUACGGAAGUUACUACAAACUCACCAAGUAGUUCCACUGCUACUGAAACAAGUACAACUGCAGCUGACACCACCACAUUACCUAGCAAAACAACAGAAAUUGCAACGGGUUCAACAGAAUCUACAGAACUUACCACCAACUCACCUACUAACUCUGCUACGACACAAACAGCAACACCUGAAGGUGAAACUACCACACAAAGUUAUAAAACAACAGAGCCCACAACAGUUACUUCAAAAGUACCAACAGAAUCUACGGAAGCUACUACAAACCUCACCAAGUAG